UCCUUCCGAAAGGCCGAUAGGCAGCAUGGACUACGUUUUACCCACCAGUUGUCUUUUCUAGACACAUUCUUAAACAAUGCUCGCUGCAGAAAUAUCUUUAGUAUUCUCCUGAGCAAUCACCAUCUCCUAUUUAAGGAAGAUUCCACCUGUGGACAACAAGGCUUCCAGGGGUGUCUAUCACUGACAAAUCGCUGCUCUGAGAUGUCUGGAGAAGACACAAAACAAAGUAACUUGGGGAAUUCCCGUGAUCAAAAAAGGGAAUCAGGUUUUUCUUCCCCCAAUCCCUCAGCUGCUGCUGCUGCUCAGGAGGUCAGAUCUGCCACUGAUGGUAAUACCAGCACCACUCCGCCCACCUCUGCCAAGAAGAGAAAGUUAAACAGCAGCAGCAGUAGCGGCAGUAAUAGUAGUAACGAGAGAGAAGACUUUGAUUCCACCUCUUCCUCUUCCACUCCUCCUUUACAACCCAGGGAUUCGGCAUCCCCUUCAACCUCGUCCUUCUGCCUGGGGGUUUCAGUGGCUACUUCCAGCCACGUACCGAUACAGAAGAAGCUGCGUUUUGAAGACACCCUGGAGUUUGUAGGGUUUGAUGCGAAGAUGGCUGAGGAAUCCUCCUCUUCUUCCUCCUCAUCUUCACCAACUGCUGCAACAUCUCAGCAGCAGCAACUUAAAAAUAAGAGUAUAUUAAUCUCUUCUGUGGCUUCGGUGCAUCAUGCAAACGGCCUAGCCAAAUCUUCUACCACCACUUCUAGCUUUGCUAACAGCAAGCCUGGCUCUGCUAAGAAGUUAGUGAUCAAGAACUUUAAAGAUAAGCCUAAAUUACCGGAGAACUACACAGAUGAAACAUGGCAGAAACUGAAAGAAGCGGUGGAAGCUAUCCAGAAUAGUACUUCGAUUAAGUACAAUUUAGAAGAACUCUAUCAGGCUGUGGAAAAUCUCUGUUCCUACAAGAUUUCUGCAAACUUGUACAAACAGCUGAGACAGAUUUGUGAAGAUCACAUCAAAGCACAAAUUCAUCAGUUCAGAGAGGAUUCAUUGGAUAGUGUUCUUUUUCUAAAGAAGAUUGAUAGAUGCUGGCAAAACCACUGCAGACAAAUGAUCAUGAUUAGAAGCAUUUUUUUGUUUCUGGAUAGAACUUACGUUCUUCAGAAUUCAAUGCUACCCUCGAUUUGGGACAUGGGACUAGAGUUAUUUAGGGCUCAUAUUAUAAGUGAUCAGAAAGUCCAGAAUAAGACAAUUGAUGGCAUUCUUCUCUUGAUUGAGAGGGAAAGGAAUGGUGAAGCAAUUGAUAGAAGUUUACUCCGAAGCCUUUUGAGCAUGCUGUCUGACUUGCAAAUUUAUCAGGAUUCUUUUGAACAACGGUUUUUGGAAGAAACUAACCGGCUCUAUGCAGCUGAAGGCCAAAAAUUAAUGCAGGAAAGAGAGGUUCCUGAAUAUCUUCAUCAUGUUAACAAACGUCUAGAAGAAGAAGCAGACAGACUUAUUACUUACUUAGAUCAGACCACCCAGAAGUCAUUAAUUGCUACUGUAGAAAAACAACUUCUAGGUGAACACUUAACAGCAAUUCUUCAGAAAGGUUUAAAUAACCUCCUUGAUGAAAACCGAAUUCAAGAUUUAUCUCUCCUGUAUCAGCUCUUUAGUAGAGUUCGAGGUGGAGUUCAGGUUCUCUUGCAACAGUGGAUUGAAUACAUUAAGGCAUUUGGCAGCACUAUUGUAAUUAAUCCUGAAAAAGAUAAAACCAUGGUUCAAGAAUUACUGGAUUUUAAAGAUAAGGUUGACCAUAUAAUUGAUAUUUGUUUUCUGAAAAAUGAAAAAUUCAUCAAUGCCAUGAAAGAAGCAUUUGAGACAUUCAUUAACAAAAGACCAAACAAACCUGCUGAACUUAUAGCUAAGUAUGUAGAUUCAAAGCUUCGCGCAGGCAACAAAGAAGCUACAGAUGAAGAACUUGAAAAAAUGUUGGAUAAAAUUAUGAUCAUAUUUAGAUUUAUCUAUGGUAAGGAUGUUUUUGAGGCCUUCUAUAAGAAAGAUUUAGCCAAGCGCCUGUUAGUUGGGAAAAGUGCAUCUGUAGAUGCUGAAAAAUCAAUGUUGUCCAAACUUAAACAUGAAUGUGGAGCUGCUUUCACCAGCAAACUUGAAGGAAUGUUUAAAGACAUGGAACUUUCUAAAGACAUCAUGAUUCAGUUCAAACAGGUAAAAUAUAUGCAAAACCAGAAUGUACCUGGGAAUAUUGAAUUAACUGUGAAUAUCCUGACAAUGGGUUAUUGGCCAACAUAUGUGCCUAUGGAAGUCCACUUACCACCAGAGAUGGUAAAACUUCAGGAGAUUUUCAAGACAUUUUACCUAGGCAAACAUAGCGGCAGGAAACUUCAGUGGCAGUCAACCCUAGGACACUGUGUGCUAAAGGCAGAAUUUAAAGAGGGUAAAAAAGAACUCCAGGUCUCUCUCUUUCAAACCCUGGUGCUGCUAAUGUUUAAUGAGGGAGAGGAGUUCAGUUUAGAAGAGAUCAAGCAGGCUACUGGAAUAGAGGAUGGAGAAUUAAGGAGAACACUGCAGUCAUUGGCCUGUGGCAAAGCUAGAGUUCUGGCAAAAAAUCCAAAGGGCAAAGAUAUUGAAGAUGGUGACAAGUUCAUUUGUAAUGAUGAUUUCAAACACAAACUUUUCAGGAUAAAGAUCAAUCAAAUCCAGAUGAAAGAAACGGUUGAAGAACAAGCAAGCACUACAGAAAGAGUAUUUCAGGACAGACAGUACCAAAUUGAUGCUGCAAUUGUUCGAAUCAUGAAGAUGAGAAAGACGCUUAGCCACAAUCUUCUUGUUUCAGAAGUGUACAACCAGUUGAAAUUUCCAGUAAAGCCUGCUGAUCUUAAGAAGAGAAUAGAAUCCUUAAUUGAUCGGGAUUACAUGGAAAGAGAUAAAGAAAAUCCAAACCAAUACAAUUAUAUUGCAUAAA